AUGCCAAACAAUCUCAAUGAAAGCCCUUUUGAAGACUUUCCGGAGUCUCCAAGAAAGCCGGAAAGCAUUUAUACCCCGGUCUCAUCCCCGAGAAAGCGUAAGUUGCAAUCUCCAUUGGCUAACCAUCAAGAAUCUCCUUCGAAGGCCGCUUUGAAGUACUCGCCAGCAAUUUCGUUUAAAAGCAGUGACUCUGAGCUGUUUAGCAAUAGUACAGCAAACAAGUUCAUCAUGGCUGCUGAAAAAACAGGAGCUACUCCGAGAGCAGCCUACACCACCAGCGAGUCUCCGACCAGAUCCAAACCAGCUUUUGUGAGGACUAAUUCUGAUGACGAUGACGACGUUUUCAGUGCUAAGACUGACGAUUUCACCAAGUCUUUGCGCAGCGACCGAACUCUAGACACCCCACGGCCUAUAUUCUCCGCUUCUGCCUACACAGCCGCCAAUGCCAGCCCAUUUAAGUCGUCUAUUCCUAGGCUGGACUCAUCCAGAGAAUCUUCUCAGUCGUCUCAAUCUACUCUGGACAUGGCCAUGGCCGACUUGGCCAAGCAAGAUACCAAUCCGUCUCUUUUUGAUCGUGAUACUCUCGGAUCCCAGACUAUCGACGAAGAGUACAAUUUCACCACUAGUCUUGAUGGAAAGCUUUUCGAUGAGCUUCCGAAGGAUUUCCAGCCAAGAAGAAACAACUACAGAACCACCCAGAAGACCUUCAAAUCGAAAAAUGGUAAUUUGGUACUCGAUAACCCAAUUCCAUCCACGCUGUACAACUUCUUGCCGGUCAAGGGAGAAGAUGAGUUUGAUUACAUGAAAUACUCGGCUGUUACUACGGGCCCGGAUGAUUUUGCUGAAGAAGGUUUCAGUUUGAGAACAUGCGACAUGGGAAGAGAGACAGAAAUUGUUGUCUGCAUUACAAUGUAUAACGAGGACGAGGUUGCUCUGACAAGAACUUUGCAUGCGGUGUUCAGAAACAUAGCCUAUCUUUCCAGAAGACAAAACAGCAAAACUUGGGGCAAGGACUCCUGGAAGAAAGUUGUUGUUGUGAUUGUUGCUGACGGGCGUAACAAGAUUUCUCCUGGUGUCUUGCAGGUUCUUUCUGCAAUUGGUAUUUACCAAGAGGGAAUUGCCAAAUCUCUUGUCAAUCAGAAGGAGGUCCAGGCCCAUUUAUUUGAGUACACUGCUCAAUUGUCCAUUGACGAGGAUUUGAAGUUCAGCGGCAUCGAGAAAGGAAUCUGUCCUGUGCAGCUGGUUUUCUGUUUGAAAGAAAAGAACGCAAAAAAGAUCAACUCCCAUAGAUGGCUGUUCAACGCCGUUUGCCCUAUUUUGGAGCCGAAGGUGUGUGUUCUCCUUGAUGUCGGUACCCGUCCUUGCGACAGCGCCGUUUACAACCUAUGGAAGGCGUUCGACUAUGAUUCCAACGUCGCGGGUGCAGCUGGAGAAAUUGUUGCUAUGAAAGGUAAGUUGUGGAGAAAACUGGCCAAUCCACUGGUUGCUUCGCAAAACUUUGAGUACAAGAUGUCAAACAUUCUCGACAAGCCAUGCGAGUCCGUGUUUGGGUACAUCUCCGUCUUGCCAGGUGCCCUCUCUGCCUACAGGUAUGCCGCUCUGAAGAAUCACGAAGACGGCACUGGUCCACUAAAUGCCUACUUCAAGGGAGAGAACACCGACGGCGCAGCAGACGCUGGAAUAUUCUCUGCCAACAUGUAUCUUGCUGAGGACAGAAUUCUUGCCUGGGAGCUCGUCUCCAAGAAAGACGCCAAAUGGGUCCUCAAGUACGUUAAGAGUGCCCAGGGAGAAACAGAUGUUCCUGAGGCGUUACCUGAAUUUAUCUCGCAGAGACGGAGAUGGCUGAACGGCGCAUUCUUUGCAGCCGUUUAUUCGCAAAGCAAGUUUCUUCAGAUCUGGAGGACAGACCACUCGAUCGUAAGAAAGCUUUUCUUGCACAUCGAAUUCAUCUACCAAUUCUUCACGCUUGUGUUCACAUUCUUCUCCAUCUCCAACUUUUACCUGACGUUCUACUACCUUGCGGGCUCGCUCAUCAAUCUCGUUGGAACUGGCGGAAAGGUGCUGUUUGAAAUCAUGAAUUACCUGUGUUUGUGCACACUAUUAAGCAUGCUGGUGAUCUCCAUGGGCAACAGACCGCAGGGAGCUCCAAAACUAUUUUUGACAGCGGUGAUCCUGCUCACUCUGUGCGGUGCUUACGCCAUCAUCUCCGGGUUCUACUUCAUGGUGCUGUUGGUGCAAGAACACAAUGCUGGAAAAGCAGGAGGGCUCACCUUUGCGUCCAUGUGCGUCAGUUUGGCUUCCACGUACGGUCUGUACGUGCUCAUGUCGAUUCUGUAUUUGGACCCAUGGCACAUUCUCUCGUCGUCCAUCCAGUACUUCUUCCUGCUGCCAGCAUAUACCUGUCUUCUGCAGAUCUACGCUUUUUGCAACACUCAUGACGUCACGUGGGGUACGAAGGGAGAGAACCAGCCUAUUUCAAGCUUGGGAUCUGCCACGAUUGUGACCAAUGAGGAGGGCCAAGAGGUGAUCAAGCUGGAGAUUGUGGGCGACCAGAGAGACAUCGAUUCAAUGUACACGGAGAAUCUGUACCAGCUGAAGGAAAGAAGAAAGACCCCGGUCAAGAUGAGAGACGGAGGGGCUGUGAAACCAAAGAUAAGCUCGGAGGACUACUUCAGAGACGUGCGUUCGCGAGUCGUGCUUUUGUGGACGAUCAUGAACGUGAUUCUGGUGAUGACGAUUACGCAGAUCUACAAGCCAGACUCGAUCAAGAACAACAAGUAUCUGGCGGUGAUUUUAUGGAGCGUUUUCGGGUUUGCGCUAUUCCGUUUCGUGGGCUCGGUCUCGUUCUUGAUUCAUCUUAUGUUGCGCAAGAUUGUCAUUGCCAAGAGCAAAUGGGACCUCAAAAGAAGCGCCCGAGACGAGAAGAACGAGAUGGUGAUGCUGUGA